CGUCGCCGGUAUUUUCUCGUUUUCAAGUGUUUUAUUUUUCUUGUUGUUCUAAAGAAAACAUUUGAAUUCAAAUUACAUGUGCGACCAUUUCGACCAUAUUAACCCUACCUAAAUUGAUUGAUUGUCGAGUGAUUAUAUGACAACCGGUAAUGUGAUGUGCUGCUUUUGUGUUAUCAUUAUUUGCAUCAAUUUUUUUUCUACUCGAAAUUACCAAUUUCAAUUUAAACAUACGACAUUUUAUGGAAAUGGCCACGACGACUGCGACAUAAUCGAUAGUUACGGUCAUCGACUUUUUCAUCACAUUCACAUUUGACAUUGACAUUGACAUUUGAUCACUCAAUGAUUCCAUAAUCAACCAAUUUCAAACUCAUGCUCUACUAAUUUUUAUGAUGAUGAUGAAGCCAUAUCGUAAUUAACUCGCAACCUUUGACCCCACGAUAGGAUUAUUAUUAUUAAUCCCAAAUGAAUGCCAUAUCAUCAUGGAUACAAUUCUAAUUGAAGAUCAAACAUUACAAGCUGUUUUAAGUCGUGUGGCAGAAGAUGAUUUUGGGGAUACCAUCACCACCACCACCACCACCACUGCUACCACUGUCGAUAAUGUUGUAGGUGAUGAUGAUGAUGUCGAUAACGGUAUCGAUAAUGCUGGAUUAGAUUUUAGCCAAUUGGAAGAAUAUAUUAAUCAGGUGGAUGAUCAUCAUCACAAUCACCAACAAAAUGAGAACAAUUUAUAUUAUCAAGAUCAAUCGAACGUUUUGAUCACUUCAUCAACAUCAUCAUCUUCGGAAUGUACAACAUCUUCUCCGCCACCGAAUAUACUGCAACAGCAGCAGCAGCAGCAAUAAUAUCAUCAUCUUCAGCAACAAUCAUAUGAAACAAUUGUUAAUAAUAAUUGCAAUAAUUCAAAUUCAAUUGUCACUUUGCCGGAUUCACCACCGGAUUCGGGUUCCGAACCACCAUUUUCACCAAAAUCCAAUGGUGAACGAAUGAUAAUAACGCAAGAAACAUCAACGACAAAUGAUAACAAUUCACAACAGCAAGAUAACAAUAUGGAAAAUAGUAUGAAACAUUUUAUCAAUAAUGAUUAUUCAAAUCAUCAUCAUCUGAAUAAUAAUCAUCAUCAUCAGCAUAAUAAUAAUAUUA